AUGCCCUUUGCAUACCUGCCAUUCCUCCCUGUCCUGUCGAUUCUGACCUCCCUUGACCUUUCUACCUCCGCCGCAAAUCCCCUCCGGUCUCCCGCAUCAAAAAUGGCCGCCGCUGUCGCCAACGGCCAUACCACCCCCUCCGCCGAUGUCGCCAAACAGCGCAGGCUGAUCCACCACCAUGCCGAUGUCGUGAUUGUGGGCGCCGGGAUCCUAGGUUGUGCAUUGGCGGUCGCACUUGGAAGACAAGGGCGCAGCGUCCUGCUGCUGGAGGCGUCCAUGAAGGAGCCUGACCGGAUCGUGGGAGAGUUACUACAGCCUGGCGGUGUCGAGGCGCUUGAGAAACUGGGUCUUGCUGAUUGUCUCGAAGACAUUGAUGCCAUCCCAGCGAAAGGCUACCAUGUGACAUACUUUGGGAAACCCGUCUCGUUCACCUACCCCAAAGCCUCCCCGUCGUCGCCCGCCCCGCAAGGGCGUUGUUUCCACCAUGGCCGCUUCGUCAUGAAGCUGCGAGCUGCUGCGCUGGCCUGUCCCAAUGUCACAGUGGUGGAGACCAAGGCCACCGACUUGGUCACUUGCUCCCACACCAAGCAGGUUCUUGGUGUCGAGUGUGUGACCGGCGACAUGAAGGAUUGCUACUUUGGCCAUCUUACGGUGGUGGCCGAUGGCUACGCCUCCAAACUCCGCAAGCAAUACCAUUCCAAUACUCCCAAGGUCCGCUCCAGGUUCUGGGGCUUGGAAUUGAUCGAUGCAGACCUUCCCAAGCCUUAUCAUGGCCACGUCCUCCUUAGCGACAAUGCCCCUAUCCUCGUCUACCAAAUUGGCACCCAUGAAACCCGCAUCCUCAUCGACAUCCCAGAGAACCUCCCGUCGGCCUCCGUCAAGAACGGCGGCGUCAAGAACCACCUUCGCAACGUCGUUCUCCCGUCCCUUCCCGAAUGCAUUCAGCCUUCAUUCGUAGCUGCGUUGGACAAGGGUCAGCUGCGGUCAAUGCCGAACUCAUAUCUGCCUAGUACCCCGAACAAGACUCCCGGUCUGGUCAUCCUGGGCGAUGCGCUCAACAUGCGGCAUCCGCUGACCGGUGGAGGAAUGACCGUCGCAUUCAACGACGUUGUGGUCCUUCGUGAUCUGCUGAGUCCGGAGAAGGUCCCUUCCCUCGCUAAUCAUGAGCGCGUCCUGCAACAGCUGUCCUCCUUCCGUUGGCAACGGAAGAAAACAUGUUCAGUCAUCAACAUUUUGGCGCAGGCUCUCUAUGCCUUGUUUGCUGCUAAAGACGAGAAUAUGCGUGCUCUCCAACGGGGCUGCUUCCGUUACUUUGAGUUAGGAAUGACCAGCGGGCCCAUAGGUCUUCUGGGUGGACUGAUCAAAAAGCCGGACGUUCUAUUCUGGCAUUUCUUCAGUGUCGCCUUUCUCUCUCUGUGGCUCGUCAUCACCGAGCCACCUUUCUACAAGCUGCCUCUGGCUUUGUUGAAAUGCAUUAUGGUCUUUUGGACAGCAUGCGUCGUGAUCUUCCCCUACAUGCUGAUAGAGGCAUUCUGCUAG